GAAAUGGAUAGAACAUGAAAAAUGUUUAUUAUUUUUAAUUGUAAUUAUUGAUUUUUCCUUUUUCUCAACGAGUUAUCCGGCUAAUUAGUUAACGCUUAACUAAUACAAUAUCUCAAACGCUGUCGUUCCAAAAAUACCUGCAUCAUCAUCCGAUGCUCUUACCUCAACAUUAAGAAUAAACCAAAAAAAAAAGCCAAAGAAUUUUCUUUUUCCUCUCUCCCUCAUUCAAUUCUUCGCUCUGAAUUUUGAUUUAACUGCUUCACAGGUUCUUUUCCCUUUAUCAUGUCUAUUAUUUGAUGAAAUCUUCCCCUUUUCUAACAACAACCUGCACAUAUAUAUAUAUAUAUAUAUAUAUAUUGAACAAGAUUUGAGGUGUGUUAAUUAAUGUAGGCUGUAACAUAUUGCAAGAAUGGAGGGAACUGUUUUCAGUACCUCUUUAGAAGGGAUUCAACAUGUCAAGUCUCAAGAUGGACAAGUUUUAACAAAACCUUUCUUGGAUUUAUGCAAAACAAUAUUACCUGUUUUAGUUCUCAUGAUGUCAGAUAACUUCGGAUCAGCCAUGUCCAUUGUAAAAUCUGAUAUUGGUGGUAAUAUUUCGAGGUUGGAGAAUAAGUAUUCAACCGACCCAUCAGAAUUUAAUCUCUUGCGUAGUAUAGUGCAGUCAGAGAUCAAUGCUAAAUCGGCAAAAGCCUCUUCCAGCUGCACGAAUGCACUACUUUGGUUAACAAGGGCAAUGGAUUUCUUGGUGCAGCUUUUUAGCAACUUAUUGAGUCAUCCAAACUGGAGCAUGACACAAGUUUGCUCUGACUCAUAUAACAAGACCUUGAAGAAAUGGCAUAACUGGCUAGCUAGUUCAAGUUUCUCGGUGGCGUUGAAGCUUGUUCCUGAUAGGAAGAAAUUUAUGGAUGUUAUAGGUGGAAAAGGAGAUAUUAAUUCUGACAUGGAAAAGUUCUGCACAAGCUUCAAACCACUUCUGGAAGAGAAUCACAAGCUCUUGGCUAGUGUUGGAAUGGACAAUAUGAAAACCUGAUGAGCGGCCGCUGCUGCUGCUGAUUCAACUUUCUUGAUCUUUUUAUUUUUCUUUCACUUAUAUUUGACUUUUUGUUUACAUUAGAUUCUACGAGUGGUAAUCAUAUCUUUGUUUUCUUAUUAAAAAGAUCAUAUAUAAGAAGUUUUAAUUAAUUA